UCUCGCCCGCGUGUUGCGUCAGGGGCGGAGCCACACGUGAAGCGGAGGAGGAGGAGGAGGACUCCCCAGCUAGUAGCCACGCGGUCGGGGUGAGGACGGAGAAGUUGGCAAAAGAUGGGGUCUCAGACACUAGCUGAUUCAGGCUGGCCUCAAUUUGUGGCAAUUCUUCUGCCUCCGCCUCCUGAGUGCUGGGAUUAUAAGCCUUCACCUCCACAUCUUACUACUCAGCCAUGGCUCGUGGUCCCAAGAAGCAUCUGAAGCGAGUGGCAGCUCCAAAGCAUUGGAUGCUGGAUAAGCUGACCGGUGUGUUUGCUCCUCGUCCAUCCACUGGUCCCCAUAAGCUGAGAGAAUGUCUGCCUCUUAUCAUCUUCCUGAGAAAUAGACUUAAGUAUGCUUUGACUGGGGAUGAAGUAAAGAAGAUUUGCAUGCAGCGCUUCAUUAAGAUUGAUGGAAAAGUCAGAACUGAUAUAACCUACCCUGCUGGCUUUAUGGAUGUCAUCAGCAUUGACAAGACAGGAGAGCAUUUCCGCCUGAUCUACGACACCAAGGGUCGCUUUGCUGUUCAUCGUAUUACACCUGAGGAAGCCAAGUACAAGUUGUGCAAAGUGAGAAAGAUCUUCGUGGGCACCAAAGGGAUCCCUCAUCUGGUGACCCACGAUGCUCGCACCAUUCGCUACCCUGAUCCACUCAUCAAGGUGAAUGACACCAUCCAGAUUGAUUUGGCGUCUGGCAAGAUCACUGAUUUCAUCAAGUUCGACACUGGUAACCUGUGUAUGGUGACCGGAGGCGCUAACUUGGGAAGAAUCGGCGUGAUCACCAACAGGGAGAAGCAUCCUGGCUCUUUUGAUGUGGUUCAUGUGAAAGAUGCCAACGGCAACAGCUUUGCCACCCGGCUUUCCAACAUUUUUGUUAUUGGCAAGGGCAACAAGCCGUGGAUUUCUCUUCCUCGAGGAAAAGGAAUCCGCCUCACCAUUGCUGAAGAGAGAGAUAAGAGGCUGGCAGCCAAACAGAGCAGUGGAUGAAAUGGUCGUUAGAUGACAUGUUGGAGAGGUCUCUGUGCUUAAUUAAAGAAAAGAGAGCAUGAUUUAA